AUGGUCACCAGCUGUAAAUUGGAUACACAAACGGCGGUGGCAUUAAAGAAAAUGAAUUCGGUGCGUUCCCGCAAGCCGCCAAGCAGCACCAGCAACAGCAAUAGCAACUCAUCCGGCUUUCGGCUGCUGGACAAUGAUCAGCUUGAGAACAAUUCCAGUGUCAGUCGCAAUUCCAUCUACAAGCUAAAGAUCGAUCUAAUGUUUGAUGAUACCAGAUCAAUGCGCAGCAAUCGUUUGGACGAUCCGCGCGGCUCGCAUCGCACACGCUCGAUCAUUAUGUACGGACGCAGUGAACUGGCCAGCACGUCCGGCGACAGUCCACGCUCGCUUUCCAGCUUUCUGCAGGAGUCCAGCGACCAGGCCAAGGUGCUAGCUGAGGCUGCGAAGAACGAUGUGCAGCGUAUUAGCAACAGCGUGCAGGCGCAGAUUGAGCAGCUGUUCACCGAUGUUGCCAAGGAUGCUACAAAUAGCUUCGAUGUCACCUGCCUGGGCUGUCUGCCACUCAAAGACAAGGUGACCAGCUUGCAGGGCUUGCAAGAGCCACUGCGUCAGCUCUAUCUGGCUGAGGUGAGCAACAAGCAGCUUAAGUCGGGCUCUUUGGAUAUAUGCGCUACGGGUUUGCGCAUCAAGAGCAAUUCGGAGGAUAGCGAUGCGAAUAUAACACCAUUCCAUAAUAUUGCUGUAUGGUCGGCGGUAAAGUUUGUCAUAUCCGAAACUGAUGGCGGCGCCGCCUUUCUGCCGCUAAUAACCGAUCCUGAUAAUAUAGACAAGACUGCAUUAUUUCAGCCGCUAAGCUCCUUGGAGCAACUGGCGCUGGAGCAAAGUCAGCAUUUGCAUGCGCCCAUCUUUGCUGUGGUGAUGCGCUCGGCCAGCGCACCCAAAGUGCUGGAGUGUCACGGCUUCAUCUGCAAGAGCACAGAGGAUGCCAUAGUUAUAGCCGCUACGCUUUACCAGAGCCUCAUGGCACACGUGAGCAGCAACUCGGCGCGCAGCACGAAGCGACGCACGCCGCGUCAACAAAACGGCGUCAGCUGCAUCAGCAUUGCCAGCAGCUCGGCGCUAACUAGCUCCAAUUAUUUGUCGCGCUCACAGAUGCAGCCCAGUGGUGGCAGACGCAGCUCGUUUCGCAGCAGCGGCGGCAGCUUGGCCAGUCCCAAGACAAGUGGCUCGACGCCCUCGCGCUCGGUGCGCAAGAAGCGCGUGUCCAGCAGCUCGCUGAGCAGCAACAGCAAUGUGAUCAAUGAGGCGGCAGAGCUGGAAACCAGCACGGAGGAGCGCAAGCGCAAGUCGCACAAGACCAAGCGUGCGCCGCCAGUGCCCAAUGCCAAUCGCAGCAGCAGCAACAACAUAGUUUGCAGCAAUGGACAUGUGAGUCGCAUGCAUCCGACGCCUGCAGCGGGCAGCUCCAUGAAUGGACGCAAGCUGAGUGAUCUGGUGGCAGCUAGUGGUGCAACAGCAGCAGCUGCUGGCGAUGGUGACAUUCUCACACGCGUAGCUAUACCCAGAUCGGGCAGUUUUCUCAACACGGGCGGACUAACGCGUUAUAAAUCGCGUGGCGCGCGACGCACAAAUUCUGGAAAACUUGGCGGCGGCAGCGGCGGUGGUGGCGGGUUUGGUUUGGUUGAUUGGCAUCGUUUAAAUUGUGCUUCUAGUUCACCACUUGGUUUCAGUGAACUGUUUAAUGAAUUUCGGCUGCACGAGAAUCUGCACUCGCUGGACGAGAUACUCUAUGCCAUAAUCGAUGCGGAUGGCAUGUCCUUUAACGAUCUGAAGCCCAUCUACAAGGAGUUUCUGCUUAAGCUGGCCGUGACGCUAACACAGGACGAGUUAUUCCAACGCUCCAAGAACAUAAUGCGACGUCAAAAGAAGAAGAAACAAAAGCGCACUAAAGUUAGCCUAACUGGCGCGCAGCAACAAAAGCCGAAGCGCACAUUCUUUAAUACCAAGAGUCUGAAGAAAGUUUUUCAACUGGGACAGUUUCGCUCCUGUCGCGGCAAGUUGGCCAAGCCAACGCGCUCCAAGGAUGCACAAAGCACUUCAGCUGACGGCAAACGGCGACUGACGCCACCCAUCAUCAUUGGACCGCCCAUCAGUCAAAGCCAGGCACAGCAGCAACAACAUCAGCGUAAUCGAGCAGCAACCAGCGGCUCCGAUGUCUCCGUAGUGCGCAAUGAACACGCGUUGCAAGGACUCAAUCGCAACAGCAGCAGCGGCUAUGUCUCCUGCUCGGAAUGCAGCUAUGACUCGGAGAGCUGCACUUGCGCCUCUGCCGAUCGCUGCUACUGCAGUCUGCGCACCGCUCACUUAAACCACAAGCUGCGCCAGAAGAACGAACGCAACAUGGCCAUGGCCAAUGUGAAUGUAAACACACGCAAGCCAGCAGGCAAUCGUCAUUCGUUAAUAUCCUGCAAGUCGGAUGAGAAAUGCUACUGCUCGAUGGUGGAGGAGGAGCCCAACAGCACGCUGGAGCACGACUCGGCCAAUACGCAUUCGGACACCACCACCUGGUGUGACACCGAUAGCUGCAUCAGCGCCAGCAAAUGCUACUGCAAGCGCACACAUCGUCGCCAGCGCUCCAGCGCUCAAGUUGUUAGCGAGGAUUCGCUCAACAAACAGCACAAGCCACGCGCUGUCAAUCGCAAGCCCAAGCCUGCCGAGAAGCUGGGACUGGACUACGAGCUGUUCACCAUAAGCGGCAGCAGCAAGCCCGUACAGCCGCAUGAGGCACUCAGCGUCAAGAAGAGCGUUGAGGCUGCAGCUGUGUUUGCGGACAUGAAGCUUAGCCAGACCACAGAUAUCAAGAGUCUCUGCCAGCAGCAGCAGCAGCAACAGCAGCAACAUUUGCCUGUUAUGCGUGCCAACAAUGAAAGCUGUCGCUCCAAUGCAUCCUCGCGUCGUGGCAUUUAUCGCACGCGUGAAUCGUUUAGCACGGAGCGCAAUAUGCUGCCGUUGGCUAUGCCGCUGCACUUGAGCUCCAGCGCCGCCUCGCACAAAUCCUGCAGCGCCGAUGAUCUGCUGAUGAACAUCAAGGCGCUGGAGAAGGCCGCUUCCAUACGCAGCAGCGCCAGUCGCAGUCGCAUGGCCAGCUAUCAGUCCAUGCGUGCUGUCAGCGCUUCACUUGAAGAUUCAUUGGGAUAUUUGCCAUAACAAUACUCAACUUGCUUAGUUUGUAGUCGCUUAAGCUUACACUUAUUUAUGCAAUGAUUAAUUAAUAACUAAAGCAGGCUUAUGUUUCCCAAGACAAUUUUAGCGCAGCGCUCAGAAUUCUUUUGUGAAACGUGAAACGCUAAAUAACAUACUUAAAUUAAUUUAUAUUAACUUGUAAGUCGUAAGUUUUCCUUAACUUCAAAGCUGUAACUCAAUCAAGGUGCAAUAUGACAAACCAACUUAAUUUUAUAACUUAUAAACAAACAAAAAGUAAUA